AUGGCGACAAGCGGAGAAGCCCCUGAAUCUUGGUACCUGGCUCUGCUCGGCUUUGCAGAACAUUUUCGCACCUCAAGUCCCCCCAAGAUCCGUCUCUGCGUCCACUGUCUGCAGGCGGUGUUUCAGUUCAAGCCGCCGCAGAGGGUCGAAGCCCGAACCCAUCUACAACUGGGCUCGGUACUCUACCACCACACCAAGAACACCGAACUCGCCCGGAGCCACUUGGAGAAAGCGGUGAGCAUUUCCUAGGAAACUUCGUGGAUGUGGUGGAGGGGAAAGGAAGGCCGCAGUUAGGGCAAAGCGGUCUGUGUUACAAAUCAGAAAAGUGAACCAACGUGCUUGAUUUAAUCAGUGAGAAUAUUACAUUAUCGCGUGACAGCUUACAAUAAUUGUUAGGAUAUCAAUAAAGCAAUGCAACAUUCCAUGUACAAAACUGAUAUUGAAACUAACUUUCGCACUCUAUUUUCUUCCACAGUGGUUCAUAUCACAACAAGUAUCCUUUUGCAUUAGAAUGAUUUCGUGUGUGAGAACAUGCAUCGAACUCAGUAGUUCUCAAACGUCUCCCCGUUCCAUUUAUUUGAUCUAUUCCCGAACUAGCACACCUGAUUCAACUUGUUAAUUAAUCAUCAAGAUUCAACUUGUUAAUUAAUCAUCAAGAUUCAACUUGUUAAUUAAUCAUCAAGCCCUUGAAAAAGUGAAUCAGGUGAACUAGUUCUGGGCUACGACAAAAUUGUGAAACAUUGGGGCUCCCCCCAGGGAGGGGAGGGACUGUUUAUAUGGUUGUUGUUGCGAGCCACUUAGUCAAUAAGCAUCGUUCAGUUUAGAAUGCAAAUAGCUUAAUCAGCUGUGUUUGCUAGGGAUGGGGAAAUAGUGUGACACCACUCCGGCCCCCGAGUGAGAUGUACCUUCAUGAUUCAUGUUGCGUAAAAUGCUGCCACCACUUCCUCACUGAGUUCUUGAAAAGACAAGGUUGAGAAACAAGGGACUUUUUGGUAGUUAGAGUGGGGGUUUCAGAUAUGGAGGUCAAGGACGGGAGGUUGAUAGGCGUCAAGCACAAAAAUGGAAAUACGUAUUUUGGAAAAGUUGAAGAAACAAAGGGGGAAAAACCUGGGACAAGAGAUGAUGUUGAGAGAGAGAAGUACAAAAAUGGGAAAUCAUGCUACAGCAGUUCGGAAGGUGAAACUGACAAGAGGAAGAUGGUGGCAGGGUUGAGGGAACCAGGAAAAAUAGAAUAUGUACGUUAGUAGCUCAGAAUGUGAAACUGAUGCGUGACAUGUAGACAUGUAGGGAGAGGAUAAUGUAAAAAAAGGAGGAGUGGAUUCGGAGCUGCAAGGUGUGGAGGUUGAUGUGUCUGUGAAGAAAGAAAAGGAUGACAAAGAUGAUUCUGGCCCAGUGGGAUUGAGAAUUUUGGAGAGAAUGCAUCCUUGCCUUCUGGCUGAUUACAUAUGUGGUGUCAGGUUGGGUGAAGAAGAGUUUGGGGACUGUUGAGUCGGUGAAAGUAACUCAAAGUGGACUUGUGAUGAUUUUUUUGCGUUUCUUCUGUCCAGAGGGAGCGGGCACUUCUCACCACGUGCCUAGGGACAAGAACUGUGACUUGCUUUGCUCUCCGGAGCAGGGAGUCGUUGAAAGGAGUGAUACCUGGGGUGACGUUAAGUGUUAAGGAUGAUCAACUGAAAUGGAAGAUUCCCAGUGUCUGACGCCCGUCAUUUAGUGCGACGCAGACCCGGUGGAGAGCGUGGCGAAACAGAGAAGACACUCUUAUCCCAUGAGAGCUUUUGUCCUGAACCCAUUACAGUGUUUUAGGUGCCAAGUCUUAUGUCAUGUUGCAGCAUUGUGUAGGAGGGAGAUUCCUAAAUGUGAGAAGUGUGCAGUCCGGGCAUGAGACAAAGGAAUGUGUAGUUUUGGUGGAAAGAGUUGUGUGUGUGUGUGUGUGUGGUUUAACUGUAGGGGUACCCAUGGUACUGGAGAGCAGAAGUGUCCGGUGAGGGAGGGGCAGGUUGAGGUUGCCAGGAUCAGAGUAUUACAGAAGGUGUCGUAUGCUGAGGCAGUGAAGAGAAUAGUAGAGGAAGAUGGAUCCUAAGAGGCUCCCUGUGAGUAGGCAGAGACCAAUCGAGAGUGAUAGGAAUAAUGUGCUUCAGAAAGGUUGGUUUCUUCCCUUUCAUAGCCGUGGUUAUCAACUGUAGUGCAGAAAUGGAACGUAAAUCACAGAAAAUAGAUGUGGUGGCAGCUGCAGAGAAGUAUACUUGGGUGUACGAGAUUUUGCUGCAGAAGAGUUAUAAGGUGUGUUGAACGAUAGUGUCCCGUCCUCCCAGCAAUCUUUCUUCCCUUUUCCCUUCACAAAGUUUAAUGAAUUCACACUUAAUGAAUUCACACAAUUCACACUAAAUAAGAAAAAUGUAUGAAUAGGGAGGCCGUGACCGGCCUCAUACUCCAAUACAGUAGGUGGCGGUGUAUGCACCUCUCGGUUGCUAUCCGCCAUAUUCAAAUUUAAAGAAGGGUGCCCAGGGGAGGUUUGAUAACCACUGAUCUAACUGAAGAAAAGAUGACCAUGCUUUCAUUUCUUUUUUUUACGUCUUCAUUAAUACUAGUGUUAUUGUUCAGAUUGCAGAAAAAUACAUUUCCUUUACAAACAAUACCAGAUCCCUCAGUUUGAAGAUGUCAAAUUUGAGGCUGCAAGUCUUCUGUCAGAGCUCUAUUGCCAACAGGUAAGUGAAGUGUUGUUAUCCUUGGCACCCUGUGGCCUUCCUUCACCUUGCACUUGGCCAUUUCCUGAAUUUAAACAGUUCUGUUCACUCUUGUCUUUGCAUUUUUAUUUGUCAUCCUUUCUGCAGUUAUCAGCCUUUUUUCAAUACAAUGUCAUACUCAUUAAUGUGUCAAAAUGUCAUACUCAUUCAUUUUACUUUUUGGCUGUUAUGUCAUCAUAAAAUAAGCUUGAUCAGUAAUCCUUACAUUGUCUUUUUCCUCAUUGAGCUGCUUUUGCAUGUAAGUGAACUCUGAAACUAAGAUAAAGUAGCAUAUGGUAGUUUGUUUAAAAAACACUUCUAAAUGUAGGUUUCUGUAUUGUAGUAAAAGUUAUUUAAGUUAUUGAACUGAUUAUCUCUGGUCUUUUUUUGAAGAAUCUGGUUGACUCUGCAAAGCCCUUGCUGCGGAAGGCCAUCCAGAUCUCCCAACAAACUCCCUACUGGCACUGCAGAUUACUCUUCCAACUGGCGGUAAGUCAAACUAAUAACUCAAUCUGUAAAUGUAUUUAAGCUUUGAAAUAACCUCUAUUUACAGUGCCUUCAGAAAGUAUUCACACCCCUUGACUUAUUCCACAUUUUGUUGUUACAGCCUGAAUUCAAAAUGGAUUAAAACAAAAAACAAUCUCACCCAUCUAGACACAAUACCCCAUAAUGACAAAGUUCAAAUGUGUUUUUUUAAACAUUUUUGCUAAUUUAUUGAAAAUGAAAUACAGAUAUCUCAUGUUAGAACCACCUUUGGCAGCAAUUACAGCUGUGAGUCUUUCUGACACCUGGAUUGUAUAAUAUUUGCACAUUGUUCUUAAAAAUAUUCUUCAAGCUCUGUCAAGUUGUUUUUUGACCAUUGCUAGACAGCCAUUUUCAAGUCUUGCCUCAGAUUUUCAAGUAGAUUUAAGUCAACUGUAACUAGGCCACUCAGGAACAUUCAAUGUCGUCUUGGUAAGCAACUCCACUAUAUAUUUGGCCUAGUGUUUUAAGUUAUUGUCCUGCUGAAAGGUGAAUUUGUCUCCCAGUGUCUGUUGGAAAGUAGACUGAACCAGGUGUUCCUCAAGGAUUUUGCCUGUGCUUAGCUCUAUUCCGUUUAUUUUUAUCCUAAAAAACUCAGUAGUCCUUGCCGAUGACAAGCAUACCCAUAACAAAAUGCAGCUUGAAAAUAUGAAGUGGUAGUCGGUGAUGUCUUGUUGGAUUUGCCCGAAACAUAUCGCUUUGUAUUCAGGACAUGAAGUUAAUUUCUUUGCCACAUUUUUUAAAUCCAGUUUUAUACUAAACAAACGCAACAUGUAAAGUGUUGGUCCCAUGUUUCAUGAGCUGAAAUAAAAGAUCCCAGAAAUAUUUUUCCAUACACACAAAAAGCUUAUUUCUCUCAAAUUUUGUGCACAAAUUUGUUUACAUUCCUGUUAGUGAGCAUUUCUCCUUUGCCAAGAUAAUCCAUCCACCUGACAGGUGUGGCAUAUCAAGAAGCUGAUUAAACAGCAUGAUCAUUACACAGGUGCACCUUGUGCUGGGGACAAUAAAAGGCCACUAAAAUGUGCAGUUUGGUCACAUAACACAAUGCCACAGAUGUCUGAAGUUUUAAGGGAGCAUGCAGUUGGCAUGCUGACUGCAGGAAUGUCCACGAGCUGUUGCCAGAGAAUUGAAUGUUAAAUUCUCGACCAUAAGCCGGCUCCGUCGUUUUAGAGAAUUUGGAAGUAUGUCCAACCGGCCUCACAACCGCAGACCAUAGGUAACCACGCCAGCCCAGGACCUCCACAUCCAGCUUCUUCACCUGCGGGACCGUCUGAGACUAGCCGUCCGGACAGCUGAUGAAACUGAGGAGUAUUUCUGUCUGUAAUAAAGCCCUUUUGUGGGGGAAAAACUCAUUCUGAUUGUCUGGGCCUGGCUCCCAAGUGGGUGGACCUAUGCGCUCCCAGGUCCACCCAUGGCUGCGCCCCUUCCAAGUCAAGUGAAUUCCAUAGAUUAGGGCCUAAUGAAUGUAUUUCAAUUGACUGAUUUCCUUAUAUGAACUGUAACUCAGUAAAAUUGUUGCGUUUAUAUUUUUGUUCAGUAUACUUUAGUGCCUUAUUGCAAAGGAUGCAUGUUUUGGAAUAUUUUUGUUCUGUAUUUUUACUCUGUCAUUUAGGUUAGGGUUGUGGAGUAACUACAAUGUGGUUGAUCUAUCCUCAGUUUUUAACUCUUAACUGUUUUAAAAUCAUCAUUGGCCUCAUGGUGAAAUCCCUGAACAGUUUCCUUCCUCUCCAGCAACUGAGUUAGGAAGGACACCUGUAUUUUUGUAGUGACUGGGUGUAUUGAUAAACCAUCCAAAGUGUAAUGAAUAACUUCACCAUGGUGAAAGGGAUAUUUAAUGUUAUUUUUUUCUACCAAUAGGUUCCCUUCUUUGCGAGGCAUUGGAAAACCUCCCUGGUCUUUGUGGUUGAAUCUGUGUUUGAAAUUCACUGCUCGACUGAGGGAUCUUACAGAUAAUUGUAUGUGCGGGGUACAGAGAUGAGGUAGUCAUUGAAAAAAUCAUGUUAAACACUAUUAUUGCACACAGUGCAAUAAUAGAGUUUAAUGGAGUGAGUCCAUGCAACUCAGUAUGUGACUUGUUAAGCAAAUUGACUCCUGAACUUAUUUAGGCUUGCCAUAACAAAGGGGUUGAAUACUUAUUGACUAAAUACAUUUCAGCAUUUCAUUUUUAAUUAAUUUGUAUAUAAAAAUAUUUAAAAAAGACAUACAGUACCAGUCAAAAGUUUGGACACACCUACUCAUUCCAGGAUUAUUUUUUAUUUUUUUUACUGUUUUCUACAUUGUAGAAUAAUAGUGAAGACAUCAAAACUAUAAAGUAACACGGGGGACCAGUAUGAAAAAAAAAAAAUUAUGCACUCACUACAUUGACUCAAGUCGCUCUGGAUAAGAGCGUCUGCUAAAUGACUAAAACGUAAAUGAUAUGGAAUCAUGUAGUAACCAAAAAAGUGUUAAACAAAUCAAUAUAUAUUUGAGAUUCUUCAAAGUAGCCACCCUUUGCCUUGAUGACAGCUUUGCAUACUCUUGGCAUUCUCUCAACCAGCUUCAUGAGGUAGUCACCUGGAAUGCAUUUCAAUGAACAGGUGUGCCUUGUUAAAAGUUAAUUUGUUGAAUUUCUUUCCUUCUUAAUGCGUUUGAGCCAAUCUGUUGUGUUGUGACAAGGUAUGGUUGGUAAACAGAAGAAGAUAGCCCUAUUUGGUAAAAGACCAAGUCCAUAUUAUGGCAAGAACAGCUCAAAUAAGCAAAGAGAAACGACAGACCAUUACUUUAAGACAUGAAGGUCAGUCAAUCCGGAAAAUUACAAGAACUUUGAACGUUUCUUCAAGUGCAGUCGCAAAGACCAUCAAGCGCUAUGAUGAAACUGGCUCUCAUGAGGACCACCACAGGAAUGGAAGACCCAGAGUUACCUCUACUGCAGAGGAUAAGUUCAAUAGAGUUACCAGCCUCAGAAAUUGCAGUCCAAAGAAAUACUUCAGAGUUCAAGUAACAGACACAUCUCAACAUCAACUGUUCAGAGGGGACAGUGUGAAUCAGGCCUUCAUGGUCGAAUUGCUGCAAAGAAACCACUACUAAAGGACACCAAUAAGAAAAAGAGACCUGCUUGGGCCAAGAAACAUGAGCAAUGGACAUUAGACCGGUGGAAAUGUGUCCUUUGGUCUGGAGUCCAAAUUGGAGAUUCUUGGUUCCAACCGCCGUGUCUUCGUGAGAUGCGGUGUGGGUGAACGGAUGAUCUCCGCAUGUGUAUUUCCCACCGUAAAUCAUGGAGGAGGAGGUAUUAUAGUGUGGGGGUGCUUUGCUGGUGACACUGUCAGUGAUUUAUUUAGAAUUCAAGGCACACUUAACCAGCAUGGCUACCACAGCAUUCUCCAGUGAUACGCCAUCCCAUCUGGUUUGGGCUUAGUGGGACUUUUGUUUUUCAACAGGACAAUGACCCAACACAUCUCCAGGCUGUGUAAGGGCUAUUUGACAAUUAGCCUGGCCUCCACAAUCACCUGACCUCAAUCCAAGUGAGAUGGUUGGACCGCAGAGUGAAGGAAAAGCAGCAAACAAGUGCUCAGCAUAUGUGGGAACUCCUUCAAGACUGUUGGAAAAGCAUUCCAGGUGAAGCUGGUUGAGAGAAUGCCAAGAGGGUGAAAAGCUGUCAUCAAGGCAAAGGGUGGCUACUUUGAAGAAUCUAAAAUAUAUUUUGAUUUGUUUAACACUUUUUUGGUUACUACAUGAUUCCAGAGUUGCAAGGAAAAAGCCAUAUCUCAGACUGGCCAAUAAAAAGAAAAGAUUAAGAUGGGCAGUCAGAUAUAUGGCUUUUUCUUUGCAACUCUGCCUAGAAGGUCAGCAUCCCGGAGUCGCCUCUUCACUGUUGACGUUGAGACUGGUGUUUUGCGGGUACUAUUUAAUGAAGCUGCCAGUUGAGGAACUGUGAGGCUCCUGUUUCUCAAACUAGACGCUAAUGUAUUUGUCCUCUUGCUCAGUUGUGCACCGGGGCCUCUCACUCCUCUAUCUAUUCUGGUUUGAGCCAGUUUGUGCUGUUCUGUGAAGGGAGUAGUAUAUAGCGUUGUACGAGAUCUUCAGUUUCUUGGCAAUUUCUCACAUGGAAUAGCCUUCAUUUCUCAGAACAAGAAUAGACUGACGAGUUUCAGAAGAACGUUUUUGAGCCUGUAAUCGAACCCACAAUUGCUGAUGUUACAGAUACUCAACUAGUCUCAAGAAGUUUUAUUGCUUCUUUAAUCAGCACAACAGUUUUCAGCUGUGCUAACAUAAUUGCAAAAGGGUAUUCUAAUGAACAAUUAGCCUUUUUAAAAUGAUAAACUUGGAUUAGGAAACACAAUGUGCCAUUGGAACACAGGACUGAUGGUUGCUGAUAAUGGGCCUCUGUACGCCUAUGUAGAUAUUCCAUAAAAAAUCAGCUAUUUCCACCUACAAUAGCCAUUUACAACAUUAACAAUGUCUACACUGUAUUUCUGAUAAAUUUCAAUGGACAAAAAAAUUGCUUUUCUUUCGAAAACAAGGACAUUUCUAAGUGACCCCAAACUUUUGAACGGUAGUAUACAGUGAGGGAAAAAAGUAUUUGAUCCCCUGCUAAUUUUGUACGUUUGCCCACUGACAAAUAAAUGAUCAGUCUAUAAUUUUAAUGGUAGGUUUAUUUGAACAGUGAGAGACAGAAUAACAACAACAAAAAAUCCAGAAAAACGCAUGUUAAAAAUGUUAUGAAUUAAUUUGCAUUUUAAUUAGGGAAAUAAGUAUUUGACCCCUCUGCAAAACAUGACUUAGUACUUGGUGGCAAAACCCUUGUUGGCAAUCACAGAGGUCAGACGUUUCUUGUAGUUGGCCACCAGGUUUGCACACAUCUCAGGAGGGAUUUUGUCCCACACCACUUUGCAGAUCUUCUCUAAGUCAUUAAGGUUUCGAGGCUGACGUUUGGCAACUCGAACCUUCAGCUCCCUCCACAGAUUUUCUAUGGGAUUAAGGUCUGGAGACUGGCUAGGCCACUCCAGGACCUUAAUGUGCUUCUUCUUGAGCCACUCCUUUGUUGCCUUGGCCGUGUGUUUUGGGUCAUUGUCAUGCUGGAAUACCCAUCCACGACCCAUUUUCAAUGCCCUGGCUGAGGGAAGGAGGUUCUCACCCAAGAUUUGACGGUACAUGGCCCCGUCCAUCGUCCCUUUGAUGCGGUGAAGUUGUCCUGUCCCCUUAGCAGAAAAACACCCCCAAAGCAUAAUGUUUCCACCUCCAUGUUUGACGGUGGGAAUGGUGUUCUUGGUGUCAUAGGCAGCAUUCCUCCUCCUCCAAACAGUUGAGUUGAUGCCAAAGAGCUCGAUUUUGGUCUCAUCUGACCACAACACUUUCACCCAGUUCUCCUCUGAAUCAUUCAGAUGUUCAUUGACAAACUUCAGACGGGCCUGUAUAUGUGCUUUCUUGAGCAGGGGGACCUUGCGGGCGCUGCAGGAUUUCAGUCCUUCACGGCGUAGUGUGUUACCAAUUGUUUUCUUGGUGACUAUGGUCCCAGCUGCCUUGAGAUCAUUGACAAGAUCCUCCUGUGUAGUUCUGGGCUGAUUCCUCACCAUUCUCAUGAUCAUUGCAACUCCACGAGGUGAGAUCUUGCAUGGAGCCCCAGGCCGAGGGAGAUUGACAGUUAUUUUGUGUUUCUUCCAUUUGCGAAUAAUCGCACCAACUGUUGUCACCAUCUCACCAAGCUGUUUGGCGAUGGUCUUGUAGCCCAUUCCAGCCUUGUGUAGGUCUACAAUCUUGUCCCUGACAUCCUUGGAGAGCUCUUUGGUCUUGGCCAUGGUGGAGAGUUUGGAAUCUGAUUGAUUGCUUCUGUGGACAGGUGACUUUUUAUACAGGUAACAAGCUGAGAUUAGGAGCACUCCCUUUAAGAGUGUGCUCCUAAUCUCAGCUCGUUACCUGUAUAAAAGACACCUGGGAGCCAGAAAUCUUUCUGAUUGAGAGGGGGUCAAAUACUUAUUUCCCUCAUUAAAAUGCAAAUCAAUUUAUAACAUUUUUGACAUGCGUUUUUCUGGAUUUUGUUGUUGUUAUUCUGUCUCUCACUGUUCAAAUAAACCUACCAUUAAAAUUAUAGACAGAUCAUUUCUUUGUCAGUAGGCAAACGUACGAAAUCAGCAGGGGAUCAAAUACUUUUUUCCCUCACUGUAUAUUAUUCCACUGACAUUAUGGGGUAUUGUGUUUAGGCCAGUGACACAAAAUCUAAAUGUAAUCAAUUUUAAAUUCAGGCUGUAACGCAACAAAAUGUGGAAAAAGUAAAGGGGUGUGAAUACUUUCUGAAGGCACUGUACUUAUAUAUUGAUAAUUAGUUACUUUCCUCAAUGGUCCUGUUUCUUCCCCUCAGCAACUGCACACGCUGGAGAAGGAUCUAGUGUCAGCCUGUGACCUCCUGGGGGUUGGGGCAGAGUAUGCCCGGGUAGUGGGCUCCGAAUACACCAGGUAGUGUAUCAUGGUACAACACAACAUAAGUCAAACCAUUUGAGCAGUUCUCGUCAUGUCCGUACAUUGUCAAGGUGUUGUUUUACUGCUCUGAUGACGACUAGUGUUGUAGUCUGGUUAUAAGAUGUUACUGAUAUUCUUAUGUUCUUUCCUCUCGCACAGAGCCCUCUUUCUUUUGAGUAAAGGAAUGGUAAGUUGAGAAACAUACUGAUCAUCUCAAGAUUCUCUCAUGAUGAUGAAUUCAAAUUAAGUCAUGAUAAUUUCUAUGAAGUAAAUUCAAUAUAAAAUUCUGCUGGAGCCACUUAGACCAUUACUUCCUUGACUGUUUUAAUGAAAGUCUUGAUGCCCACCUAAUAAACAAAACAAAUGCUAAUUUUGUGCUGUUUAAUGAAAGGGAUAAUCCACCCCAAUCCACUAAUUCCUAAAAUGAACAGUGUUAAAUAACACUAUGUUACCUGUUUUAAGAAGAGUGAAAUGUCACCCUGUGUGUUUGUCUGAAGCUGCUGCUGAUGGAGAGGAAGCUUGGGGAGGUGCAUCCUCUGCUGACGCUGUGUGGGACCAUCGUGGAGAACUGGCAGGGAAACCCCAUCCAGAAGGAGUCCCUCAGGGUGUUCUUCCUGGUGCUGCAGGUCACACACUACCUGGACGCUGGACAGGUACAGAAAUCAGUAUCACUUUUAUUCGGCAAGAACAUUUACGCAUACCUGGAAUUUGAUUUGAAGUGUUUCCGCCAGCAACAGACAAAGUAUAUAUAGACAGGAAUUUACGCAAUCGACUUACUGUAUUUGAGUGUGGUCACUGGUCACAAAAUAUAAGAGAAGGGCCUGUUAUUGAAACAUGUUUGAAAUGGGACUUAAUCAACACGACAGGAAUUAAGAGCAAUAAGCAAGCAGAGAUGAACUCAUCAUACAACGCGCAGGAAUUAUUCCAUAUGCAGCCCCACUUGUAAAGGCACAUAACUGAUGUGAUGAAUACAUUUAUUUGGGCUGAUAGGUUAAGAGUGUGAAGCCGUGUCUGAAGCAGCUCCAGCAGUGCAUCCAGACCAUCUCUACACUCCACGAUGAUGAGAUCCUACCCAGUAACCCUGCUGACCUGUUCCACUGGUUGCCCAAGGAGCACAUGUGUGUCCUCGUCUACCUGGUGGGAUACAGACACUGUACAUGACCUUUGACCUCUAUGGGUCAUAUUGUUGUCACUACAUAUGUUAAAACAGUGACUUUACUUUUUUCUCACACAGGUGACAGUCAUGCACUCCAUGCAAGCAGGCUACCUGGAGAAGGCCCAGAAAUACACAGACAAAGCUCUCAUGCAGCUGGAAAAGCUCAAAAGUAAGUCAUGGGAAUCAUCACCAUAGAAUUACAUAUCGAAGUAAUUUCAUAGGAUCUCUGUGAUCCUCACUCUCUGAACCUCACCCUCUCUCAACAGCUCCCAGUGAUUUUUUUUUUUGCAGUAGUAGUAUUCAUGUGUUUGUUGGUAACUUUCUGUUGUUAUUGAUUGUAUUGUUGUGUUUUCUAGUGCUGGACUCCAGCCCCAUCCUCUCCACAUUCCAAGUCAUCCUACUGGAGCACAUCAUCAUGUGCCGACUUGUCACUGGUCACAAGGCCACGGCACUGCAAGAGGUAUGGAACUAGGUUAACAUACACAUUCAUUCAUGUAUACAGAUAGUUAGACUGAAGCACACAUUUUUGAUGAUGUUUCCCUAUUCUCAGAUCUCUCAGGUGUGUCAGCUGUGCGCUCAGUCCCCCAGGUUAUUCACCAACCACGCAUCCCAGCUACACACUCUGCUAGUGAGUAUCAGAGAUGUUCCGUUUUUCAGGCCUUCUAAUGUGAUUUGUUAUAUCUGUAUGUUAUAAAUUAAAUGGACAGGUAGUAAUUUUGUCCAGAUUUUCUAUGUUGUGCCAAUCACAUCCCUUAUCACGCUUGUGGUCUGUUCCAGGGUCUGUACUGCAUCUCAGUGAACUGCAUGGAUAACGCAGAGGCGCAGUUCACUGCUGCCCUGCGGGUGAGUGACGUGAGUGUCUCUACUAAGAUACCUAUUGGCAAAAUUAGUAACCUCUUAGUUUUAUAUUUCUUGGUGUGUUUACUGAAAUACCUGUUUCACUCUUCCAGCUGACGACGCACCAGGAGCUGUGGGCGUUCAUCGUGACCAACUUGGCCAGCGUCUACAUCAGGGAGGGCAACAGGCACCAGGAGGUCAGAGGGCAUCGGGUGCAUUCAGGAUCGCAGGGUUGUGGUGAUGAAUGGGAAUGGCACUUCUUGACUUGGGUCUAACAUCCCUUUUUCUGUUAUAACAGCUGUAUAGCCUGUUGGAGAGGAUAAACCCAGAUCACAACUUCCCUGUCAGGUAAGAAAAUGUGUUUAUAUGGUUAUCUAUGUAUUUUGGCAGCUCCAAGUGCAUUCUUGCGAUGUUUGAAUCUAAAUUGACUCCUCCGCCCCUUGCGUUCCAGCUCUCACUGUCUGCGAGCAGCAGCCUUCUACAUCCGUGGACUCCUCUCUUUCUUCCAGGGACGAUACAAUGAGGCUAAGUAAGUUUAUGGCUCACCAGACAUUGUAGCAACAGCACAAUUUCUUUAUGUAUGUUUCCAAUACAUCGCAUACAAAUAAUAUCUUCACCACACACAUUUUGAAUACCCUGCUCAGUUGGAAAGAAAGCCUAAGAGCACAACUGUGAAGCCUAAACCAAAAAUGAGCGUAUGACUGUGUGUCCCAUUAGGCGGUUCCUGAGGGAGACUCUGAAGAUGUCCAAUGCUGAAGACCUGAAUCGUCUGACUGCAUGCUCUCUGGUCCUACUGGGCCAUAUCUUCUACGUGCUGGGGAACCACCGGGUGAGAUCACAUCAAAGGGCACUCCAGGGUUUUAUAGCAGUGUUUCCCAAACCACAUAAUGCCUCAGAGCAAUGCUAGGAGGUGUGCGUCAAUCUGAACUAUGCAUUUGGUGCUUUGUUUCCUCCAGGAGAGCAACAACAUGGUGGUUCCAGCUAUGCAGUUGGCCAGCAAGAUCCCCGACAUGUCAGUCCAGCUCUGGUCCUCAGCUCUGCUCAAGGGUAAGACGACAGAGGUGUGUCUAUGUGUCUGUGUGUCUGUGUGUGUGUGUGUGUGUGUGUGUGUGUGUGUGUGUGUGUGUGUGUGUGUGUGUGUGUGUGACAUACUGACUGGGACUGUGUGUUUUCCUCCCUGUAGAUCUGAACAAGGCUUGUGGGAACACGAUAGACGCCCACGAGGCGGCUCAGAUGCACCAGAACUUCUCCCAGCAGCUCCUGCAGGACCACAUCGCUGCCUGCAGUCUCCCUGAGCACAACCUCAUCAGUGUAAGGAUCCAUCAAUCAAGCUAUCAAUAUGGAUAUAAUCCCUGCACAGCCUUCUAAAGCAUAACUUCAUUAGGAUAAGAACUCAUCAAUCAAUUAAUCAAUCGACAUAUAUCAGUUAGUCAUCAUCCAUCAAUAUCUUUGUACUGCACCAUGGUGAAUAUUUAUCCACAGAAAAUGCCCUACAUGCACAGCUAGAGGAAUGAAUGUGAGACAGUGAGCUGAUGGACUGAGUGUUGUUGUUGUUGUUGUUGUUGCAGUGGACGGAUGGACCACCUCCAGUGGGCCAGUUCCAGGCCCAGAACGGACCCACUACCAGCCUGGCCAGCCUGCUCUGA